AUGCCUGUUACUCUCCCCUUCUUACUGCUUACGAUCUGUGAGUAUAGUUGAGCUCCAUGGGGCAGGAAGUAUCUAUUCAGCUGGUAAAAUCAGAGGGGCAUUGAACUCUGGGGCUGCAGGGUGGGUAGUUAGAUGAGAGCGAGGAUUUGAGUUGCAUAGACACCAUGCAUUUAAAGCGCAUUCAAAGCCCACAUGCCUCAAAGAAUCCUGGGAACUGUAGACAUGGGACCUUGAAUUAGCAUUCCUGGGUUUUGGCAAUCGGCCCUUCUCUCUUUUAGCUCUGCCGAAGCCCUCCAUCUUCUGGCUCCAGGCUCCGGAUGCAGAUGAGAAGCACCACCUCCGAUGUACGGCUCAAGGGGCAUAUUUUGGCAGCUGGUUCUACCUGUACCAGGGAGGGAGCCCGGAGGCCGUGGCUGAAAAGAAAGCCUUGCCCACCCAAUCCGAAGUGACCUUUGAGGUACACAACUUUGGGCCUAGGGACCAAUUCCGCUGCAGCUAUGAGAUCUGGGAGGCAGGGAAGCCUAUUCGCUCCCCACUCAGCAGCCCUGCAAACAUCACAGAUGGUAAGUGUUGGGCCAUACAACUCAAUGACCAUGCUAGGAAGGUCAUGCACAGUAAUAGGCCCAAAGUGGUGCAUGCAAGGAGGGUUGGUGUGAGAACCAAUGGGACUGUGACUGGUCUAGGAAUAGGACUUUAUGGUAGUGAAGGACUUAGGGCAGGGGUCUGCAACCUUUAAGACAAAAAGAGCCACUUGGACCCGUUUCCGAAGAAAAAAAACCUGGGAGCCGCAAAACCGGGAAGGUGACGUCGGGACGGUGCAUGACUAACGCACGCACCGCCCCCAUGCGAUGUCACAGCCAGUACAGCGCCCGCCACAGUGGGGAGUGUCGGGGCGCACAAUGCGCCUCCUCCCCUCGCUAGUAUCCGCCCCGGAGCCGGGGCAAAGGUGUAAAAGAGCCACAUGCGGCUCCGGAGCCGCGGGUUGCAGACCCCUGACUUAGGGCAAUGAUGCUGGCCUUUAGCAAGGAUGAGGAACAUGUGGCUCUCCCAACAGUGUUGGAUUUCAUCAGUCAGGAUCUUGAGCUUGAUGGAGAUAACACCCUGUGAGGAAGGCUGAUGAGAAGGGGUUGAUUUUUUUGAACACUUGUUAUGAUUAUUUAGGCUUGCCAUACGUCAGGAAAAUUCUUGACAUGUCCUGGUUUUGGGGUGUAAAAAUGGCAUCAGCAGAAUUUUGCCAAAUCUGCAAUGACAGGGAAAACCUGUGUGUAUGGCAACAUGAAGGAAAAAGCAACAGAAACAGCUCCAAAAGCUUAAAAUCACUAUUUUGGGGGGAGGUUUCCCUUAAAAAGCUCAACAAGGGUUUGUUCCCCAAAAGCUGAACAAUUUUGGGUCUUCCUUAAAAAAAGGUCAACUUACUUUGUGAGUGUCAGGAAAAUAGCAACCCUAGGAUUGCUUAUACUAUACCCUAUACUUAUACGAUCAAGCUGCUAUGAAAUGUGUGCACUUUUAACUUUUAGCAUUUACAAAUCAUUUGUACACUUUACAGUAUAGAUCUAUUUAUUACUAUGUAUUUUAUAACAUAUGUUCAAGCUUCUGGUCACUAUGGAAACAUAAACAUUUUAGCCUCUAUAAAAUUGUUCACAUACAUUGCUAGUUUUUGUACUAUUUGGUAUGGUCCUGCCUUGCAGCAGCUGCUGGUUAUAUUAUUGUUGACAUGCAAUUGCACUGGAACGUGCAUUAUAUUUGUCAUUAAUUGAUACCUUUAAUGAUUGAUAGUUCAUUUUAUGAUGGCUUUAAAAUGUUGCAAUGUUCAUAUAAUCACACAGAGUUAUUUGCUGGUUUGCCAUACUAUAUUUUGAAGUGAUUUAAGUAUUUGAGCUAUUCUAAACAUAUAUUGUACUGAUUUGCAUUUUUGUUGUUCUGCUGUAAGCUGCUUUGAGCACAUUUAUAAUAUAAAUGUAAAUAAUGAACAGACAAGCACACAAAGGCAGUAUGUUUGAACCCCUUCUCUUCCCAAAGGUUUGUCGCUACUGUUUUUACUGUUGUCAUUUUGCAAACACACUAUAUACCUUUAAAGCACAUUCGAAGCACGUUCUUAACCUCCAAGAAUUCUGGGCACCUUAGUUUACUGCUUAAAGGACCCCUGACCAUUAGGUCCAGUCGUGACCGACUCUGGGGUUGCGGCGCUCAUCUCGCUUUAUUGGCCGAGGGAGCCGGCGUACAGCUUCCGGGUCAUGUGGCCAGCAUGUUACUUAGUUUACUGCUUACAGAGUUACAAUUUACUUAGUUUACUGCUUACAGAGUUACAAUUCCCAGCACCCUUAACAAACUACAGUGCCCAGACUUCUCUGAGGGUGUGUGUGUUUCAAACAUGCUUUAAAGGUAUAGUGUGUAUAGUGGUACCUUGGUUCUCAAACUUAAUCCGUUCUGGAAGUCUGUUUCAAAACCAAAGCAUUUCAAAACCAAGACGCACAUUCCCAUAGAAAGUAAUGCAAAAUGGAUGAAUCCGUUCCAGACUUUUAAAAACAACCCUAAAACAGCAAUUUAACAUGAAUUUUAAUAUCUAACAAGACCAUUGAUCCAUAAAAGGAAAGCAAUAAUCAAUGUACUGCACUAUAAAAUAAAUAUGACAGUAUUGUAGAUGAUAAGUUCUUACCUGCACUGAUUAUAAUCAUUGUUUGGAUGGGGCGGGGGGCUUUUAUCCAUUUCCACAGUCACACAAUCAAUCAAUCAGUAACUGAACUGGGUUCCACACAGUCACAAAAACAAAUUAACCGAAAAAAAACUCAAAAACAAAAAUGCAAAAUAAACAGCAAAAACAAAAGCACCAAAUUUAAUCCAUUCUGGAAGUCUGUUUGACUUCUGAAAUGUUCAAAAACCAAGGUGCAGCUUCUGAUUGUUGCAGGCGCCCCGGAAACAAUAGUCGACAACCGCUUCGGACGUUCGGCUUCCAAAAAACAUUUGAUAACCGGAACACUUACUUCCGGGGUUUUGGCAUUUGGGAACCAAGGUGUCACUGUAUGCAGCUUGUGUAUUUUGAUAUGAAUUGGUUUUUGUUGUUUUAUGGGGAAUGUUUUAAAAAUGAUAUUGAUAUUUUUUUCCGGCCACCUUGUAUUACUAUGCAAAAAGAAGCAACCUAUUAUUAUUUUUAUUAACAGCAGAGAAUAAGGUCUGAGGCCCAGUAAACAGCUUUUCUCUCCCACUCACAGACCAUUACCCCAAGCCAUCCAUCUCUGCGAGUCCCAGUACUGAGGUCCUUGCAGGGCAGGACUGGACUGUCUGUUGUCAGGCUCCAUUACUAGGGGUCAACUUUGUCCUCUACCAGGCCAGGGACUUUCGGAUAGAGGUCACUCCUCGAGGGGACUCUGACACCGCUGAAUUCUCCUUGAAGAAUGUCACCAUGGCCGAUGCAGGCCGAUACACCUGUUAUUACCACAGCGCCAUAGAGCCCAUCAUCUGGUCAAACGCCAGUGACCCAGUGCAGCUGAAAGUUAUCGGUGAGGAAACCUUUUGCUAUCUUGGGGGCAGAAUUUCCAACUUUCUUUUUCUGUGCCUUCAGCAGACAUAUGGUAAGCAGAAAUUAAAUUGGCUGGGUUUUUCUUUCUUUUUCUGGCAUGGGAAAAACCAGAACCCAUUGAACUUCUGUUUGUUGUGGAGCUGCUAAAGGAUCCCUGCCAGAAAAAAAAGAGAGAGAGAGAACCUUGUUAGGUGGAGGAGUGGUUUUAGGGAUGGGACCUGCUGGUUUGGGAGUGAAAUAUACAGUGGUACCUCAGGUUAAGUACUUAAUUAGUUCUGGAGGUCCGUAUUUAACCUGAAACUGUUCUUAACCUGAAGCACCACUUUAGCUAAUGGGGCCUCCUGCUGCUGCCGUGCUGCUGGAGCCCGAUUUCUGUUUUCAUCCUGAAGCAAAGUUCUUAACAUGAAGCACUAUUUCUGGGUUAGCGGAGUUUGUAACCUGAAGCGUAUGUAACCUGAAGCAUAUGUAACCUGAGGUACCACUGUACUUGGAGUCAAGUGUGGAUUUCAUGCUCUUUAUUCAUCUCAUAGUAGUGAGGAAUGCCAGUUCCCCCAAAAUGUCUGCUUUAUAUACAUUAUUUACACAAUGGGCCACUUGUGAUUGGCUAAUUCCUGGAUUCUUCUGUAGGCCAAUCAGGUUGUGAAUUCACUCCCACCUGGAGCUGGAUUGGGUGGCUCCUGCAGACCAAUCAGACUGCUGCAUUUUGGAUCCUGUUCAACUCAGCACAUAACAGGAAACAGCAGAAGUUGAGAGGAAGGGAACUGAUAUGGGCCAUCAUCCUUUCUGGAUAGAGAUUUAAGCAGUAUAUUCAGUCAGAAAGCCAGUGUGAUGUGUUGGAGAGAGUGGCAGAUUGGGAACAAGAAUGCCCGGAUUGAAAUUCGCGCUCAGCCAUGAUGCUCACUGAUAAUAAGGCCACCCACUUUGUCUCAGUCUAAUUUACCUCACGAGGGCGCCAUGGGAAUAAAAGGGAGUACAAUGAGCAUCAGCCUGAACUCCUUGGUGGAAGGGCAACAUUGGGCUAGCUAGACACCUCUCUUCAGGCAUUAUAACUGAGAGUUAAGUAAAUUAAUACAUGAGUGUGGGGUACCAGGGAUGAGCACAGUGGUUCCACCUCCACACACCCCCAUUACUGUCCCUGUUGCCCUCCAACCAAUGGAGAGUGCACUUCCAUGGAGGUUCCCCAUGGAAGUUCCUCCCCACCUUAUAUAAUAAUAAUAAUAAUUUAUUAUUUAUACCCUGCCCAUCUGGCUGGGUUUCCCCAGCCACUCUGGGUGGCUCCCAACAGAAUAUUAAAAACACGAUAAAACAUCAAACAUUAAAAACCUCCCUAAACAGGGCUGUCUUCAGAUGUCUUCUAAAAGUCAGGUAGUUGUUUAUUUCCUUGACAUCUGAUGGGAGGGCAUUCCACAGGGCAGGUGCCACUACCGAGAACGCCCUCUGCCUAGUUACCUGCAACUUCACUUCUCGCAGUGAGGGAACCGCCAGAAGGCCCUCGAAGCUGGACCUCAGUGUCCGGGCUGAACGAUGGAGGUGGAGAUGCUGCUUCAGGUAUACUGGGCCAAGGCUGUUUAGGGCUUUAGGUCACCUAGUGCAUCUUCUACAUGUUGGAGAGUGACAAGGAAUGCAACCUGGGAGUUGAGCUAGCAACAGUCGUCUUCAGUGCUCCCCCAGCUUGCAUACUUAACUCCUAAUUAUAAUGCAAGCAGAGGACUUCUCAUCUUUCUAUCUGCAAAUAUUUUCCCAAUUUCCCACAAUCAAGGCACAGGAAGAGUUUCAGCAUUAAAACUCAUGGACCUGUUACUUUUUACAUAGUUUGGAAAUAGAAAACUCCAGAGAAUUCCAGUAAUCAAGAAAAUAGGUCUUGCAAAAGCAUUUCUUGACAAAAGCUACAGUCACCUCAUUUGUCCACUGACAUUCCAGGACUCCCAAGCCCGAAAAGCAGAUGACAGCUAAAAAUAAAUUAUGAGUUGUACUCAGCUAACUUUUACUCAGGAUAGGCAACUGAAAGCAAUGGAACUUAGGCAUGGUCAUUAAUUUUAAUGGGCCUUUGUUGAGUAAAAGGCAGUUGAAUGUAGCCCUAUAACCCAAAAGUGAAACAUUAAUAUUAAUUGAACUGUACUCAGAUUUUACUAAGAUGUCUGAACUAUCCUGAUCCUACAAUGGAGAUUUUGUGCGUUUUACACUUUUUAGUGUUGAGUUCCCAAUUUUGCACAAAGUGCCAGAGGUUGCGGGGGAGGGAAGGAUAGGUUAGGGAAAGACUGGACUGGUCACAUUUUAAUCAUGCCCAUUCUUUUCUUUAAAGAAUUGCAAUUUAUUUUGCUUACGCAUUCCUUGCCCUUCCAUUUAUCUUUUGCAUCCUGGGGCAUUGUGAGAGUCCUGCUUGAUUCUCAGCCAUCAACCUUGAAUUAUGGGAAAUUCCCAUAAUCUUUGCGGUGGCUGUAAAGUACUAAUCUUCUACUUAGAAUAUGUAUCUAUGGCCACAAGGAUUACAAAUGUGUUUUUAAAAAAAGAAAAAGAAAGAAAGCCAGUUCAACACUGAGCAUCCCUUAAGCUAUAUCUUUUCGUUUUCACACUUCUCCUCUUCCAGAUGCAACUGUGGUCCCCAAUUACCUGGAGGUGUUGGUGGACUCUGCGGGAAGAUACCGAGUGAAUUGCUCAGUCCCUUCUGCUGCUGAGGGCUGGCUUUAUCUUUACCAAGGUGGGCAGCUCUUUGCUGAAACCAGAGCUUGGCAAGAUGGGGCGAUUGCAAGCUUCAACCUCACAGAAGAGUCCAUUAACAUCACCAUAGGAGAGCUGAGCUGCCAAUAUACGGAAUAUCAGCUCAAUGACACUGAAGCAUGGACAGAAGGUGAGUCCAGGGGGGAUGGGAGAAGUGUACACUAGCAGAGAGCUAGCCGGUGUACCUUUGAAGCACAUUCCACACACAUUCUGCCCUCAGAGAACUCUGGGCACUGUAGUUUGCUGGGAAUUGUAACCCUGCAAGGGAUAAACUACAGUGCCCAGAAUUCUUUGAGGGAAAUAAAAGUGGUUUGAAUGUGCUAUAAAGGUCUAGUGCACAGCCUUAGGUGAUGAUGAUAAUUGUACCAUUCAUGGUGCUUUACAGAGUAAAAGAGGCUAAGUCCCUGGUCCCAAGGAGCUUCCAAUCUAAAAAUGGAUUUGAAUAUGGAAGUAUGGAAGAUAUUGAGAGGUUGAGUGGAUGCCCACAAAAUGAAUGACUGGCUGGAGAAUCAAACACAAGCAUAUUCCCACAGAAAAUAACUUGGAUGGGUGUGGGGUAGGUGGGACAGACAACACAUACAGUGGUACCUUGGGUUAAGUACUUAAUUCGUUCCAGAGGUCUGUACUUAACCUGAAACUAUUCUUAACCUGAAGCACCACUUUAGCUAAUGGGGCCUCCCACUGCCGCUGCGCCGCCGGAGCACGAUUUCUGUUCUCAUCAUGAAGCAAAGUUCUUAACCCGAGGUAAUAUUUCUGGGUUUGCGCAGUCUGUAACCUGAAGCGUAUGAAACCUGAAGCAUAUGUAACCCGGGGUACCACUGUAUAUAGCAGCAAAACAAGGUUUACCACUCCGUCCUUUGGUGCUACCCACAGCUGGUCAUUGGUAUGCAAGCUGAUUGAUAGGUCAUGCCACAUGUCUCCUUUAACGUCGCUAUUUUCCGUACAUGGAAAACUCUGUAGGAAAAAGCAAUAUACAGCUGUAUGCAAAUUUUCAUCUGUGGCAAUCACACGGGCAUGGGUGUGGUUGAAAGGCUUACAGGGGACGCACAGUAAGAAGCCGCCAUUAGUUGCUGCUUUUCCAUAAAGGAACACAGCACUGGAAUAAUUUCAUGUGAUGUUUCACAUCUAGACGUCACGCCAGUUCUCUUCCCCCGCCCCCCUGCACUCGACAAGUGCUUUCCACGUAUGUAAAGGAUUGCUGUGCGAUGGUUCUGGUGGUGUCAUUGUCGCCACUGGAAUGUUGCCCUUUUCAGAUUAUAUUAGCACAGAUGAUUCAGGCUGCGGUGAUAAGCACACUUUGCUGGGAGAAGCCCUUUGAACAGGAUGGCACUGCCAGUUAAUGGCUGCCAAGGAAACCAAGCACAGGCAAGUGGAUUCAAGGCAGCUCCUGUAGUGCUAAUGCCCCAUUCAUUUGCCGCCUGCUCAGGGGCAAAUCCAUCUUCAUGGGGACAGUUCUCAGGCUACGUAGUGAUUGAUGAAAGAAGAAAACCUGCUGUAUACCGAAAACUAUUUUCACAUCGGUAUGCAUUUUCUAAUUUCUCCAGACUCACAUUCCCAGGCCACAGAUUUCACCGCAGCCAACUCACUGCGACUUGGGAUCGGGGCCUGCGUCCUCUUAUUAGCCCUGUUCUUCAUAGCUGAAGCAUGGUGGAACGAGAAGCAUCAGGAGAGCUGGGCCAAAUGA